AUGAUGAGCCAGAAAGAUACCAUAAUCGUGACUGGCGCAAAUGGCCAUCUCGGUAGCGCCAUUGUUCGGUACAUCGUCUCGUCGCUAGAGCUACAAGCCUAUCAUUCUAUCUUGAUAGUCCGAGACAAAUCAGUGGCAAACACCAAACUCACGUCCGCCUUGAAAAUGGCGGUCUCCAACGUCCACCGAGUGGCCACGACCACCAAUGGGCGCGUUUCUGCUGGAGCUAUCCCCCAGAUCCAUGGGCUGGUACUCAAUGCCGCAUUUAUUGAGUUCGAGACCCAGACAUGGGCUGAGGAGGGGUUUGACAUGGCUUUUGUGGCAAGCUAUCUGGGCCGCUGGCUGCUCAUGGUGAUGCUGUUGCGGAGCGUGAACCUUGAAACCGGGCGGAUAACAAUAGAUGGGAGUGAUGCGCAUAACCCGGACGACUGGCUGAUCGGUAUCAUUGGCACAUAUAAACACCCAAACGACAAAUGGAGAUCGUUCAUCGCCUUCGGGGCUUGGAGUACUAGGGCAGACGAUCCGAGCACACGCAAUGAUCUGCGUCGCUGCGGGGCAGCUAAAUUUUGCCUGGUCACGACGAUAAGUGAGUUGCAACGACGUCUAAAUUUAGACCCCUUACUUCAUCAUAUUAGCACAGUUAGAGAUGACCCCGGCACGAUAGCUAGCCCCGAGGGUUAUGUGAUGAUGUGGCUGUGUCUGGAAUCUAACGGGAAGAUGCGCACGACUACACGGUCUGCCGGCGAUAUCAUACGCGCUGUAAUGGACGUCUCGGUAGCCAAGGCGGCCUACUUCGAUGGCCCGGCGCUGGCAGAAACGACGUCAGAAGCCAAGGAUGCAAAGAAGCGGGAGAUGAUCUGGCGCGAUAGUGUGCGCUAUACGCAGCUAAAAGAGAGUGAGACGGUGCUUAAGGAUUGGAAAUAA